CAGCAGCGCGCGCGCGUUGGGUGCUUGAGAGGCAGUUAAUUAUUGAUUUGAAAUAAUUUAUGAGAGGAGUUGGAGAGGUGAUCUCUGAUUGAAGGUACUGUGAACGGUUAAGGGUAAAAUUAUAGGAAUAUAAUGUUAAGUGUAGUGGCUGACAAAAACACUAUGCAGGAAACUCCAAAAAAAUGAGUGACUCUCGUGGCUUUUGGUGCGAGAUGAUAUCUUUUGGUUCUAACGGACCAUCUCGGCUGGCUGUCCUGUCAAUUACCACCCAGGUUUUUCUUUGAUAUAAGUAUACUAUUGGGCACAAGCUGCAGGGGGUGGUCUCGUGAGUCGUGAGGACAGGCAAAUUGAAUAGGUAGGUAUCUAAUCACGGACCGGGAGCAACUAGCAAUAAUAGCUAUUCAUUCUGUGAAUUUUCUUAAGAUGUCAGAUUGUCUGCAACUACAGCCAGCUACAUUUUUUAGUGCUACUUUUCACAGCUAAGUUCCCAGAGGUCAGAGAUCAGUACACCGAGGUUGGCACGCGGAUAUGGAGCACUACCGUCGCGCCGAGGUGGUGGAGCAGCCGCUGGAGCCCGCCCAGCUGCCGUUCCGCCAUCUCCCCGACGACCUCGUCUGGAUGAAGGUCAAGGCCACCAGCCGAGUGGCCAACAUGGUCGGCUACGUGCAGACCCAGCUGAAGACGCACGACCACGUGUUGUGGAGCGGCCGCGGCCAGGCCGUCUGCAAGGCGAUCCAGAGCGCCGAGCUGCUGAAAAAGGCCGUCGGCGAGCUACACCAGGAGACACACUGCUGUUACCACAGAUCUACAGAAGUCUGGAAGCCAAAGGAAAAUGAAGCGCUUGACACGUUGAAGGUUAAUAAGGACAUUCCAGCAAUUCACAUACUGCUAUCCAAAACUCCACUUAACCCAGAUAGCCCCAGCUACCAGCCGCCGCACCAGACGGCGCCCUUCUGGUCGGCGGCCGGAGCCGAGGAGACCACGACACAGACCAAGAAGCCCAACCGGACAACACAGGAGGCGGCCGGCGGCGGCGACACCAGCCUGAAGAAGCGCCGGCGCAGAGGGCCGCCGGGAGCGCGGUGACAGUGACAGCUGCUCCCGAGGGUGACGGGACAGAGCAGAGGGCCGUCUGCCGGGCCGAGCGGCGGCGCGCCGGUCGACCGCAGCCCGGAUGGUUGGACGAUCGGGGUGGGGGCUGCCAAACGACUGCCGACAAUACCACAAACUGGCGACUGUCUUUGUAUUUAUUGGCGAUAGAAGCCACGAGUGAAAAGGAUCUUAUGUUCGCAGAUGCACAGAAGUGAUACGAAAUGACAAGGUGUGUUCAAUAAACGAUGAAGUAAUUUUUA